AUUCUUGGUCAGUCCUAAUUAUUUGACGAUUAGGUGAAGAGAAACGCCGUAUCUUCCUGUAAGAAUUUUUUUUUCUUUAUUUAUCUUAGGUGCCACAAACAUGCAGCGGCCUGAGUCUUAUUGGCUAUCAAGUGCGGACGCCGCUGCAAGAAUACCCAACCCUAUGUACGCCUCCAAUGCAGACGGCGCGUAUCCGGGUGGAGCGAGCGGCCGCCGUGGUGUCUGUAGCUUCCUCCGCGCCCGCCGCAGCUGCCUGGCCGCCGGCAUCGCCGUGCUGCUCAGCCUGGGCGUCGUGGGACUCGCCCCUCUGACGUUCAGCAAUAAACAGGAAAUAUCACAAUUGUUGACAACUGUGACGCGCGACCAAGACAACAUGCAAAAACUUUUCAUCACUGUUGACGCCUUGAAACGCGACCAAGACGGCAUGCGACAACUCUCCACCACUGUCGAUGCCUUGAAGCGCGACCUGGACAGGGAGCGAAGCCGAACCACCGCCUUGGAGCAACGUAUUCAAGGGAGGACUUUAAAUACUUGUCCUGAAGGUUACACAAUGUGGCGUGCAAUCUGCUACAAGGCCUUCAACACACCUAGGUACUUCAAUGGAGCGGAGGAGGCCUGUGGCGAAGACGGUGGCACCCUCGCCAUGCCCCGAGACGCUGAGACCAGCGUCUUCCUCGUCUCCCUGUACAAGUCCGUGAGCAGCCGUAAUUUCUUCUGGAUCGGUCUUCACGAUCGGCGCAUAGAGGGAAAGUUUGAGUGGGUGGACGGUUCUGCACUUGGGUCGUACAACUCCUGGGAACCGGGACAACCGGAAAACUUUAAGGGCAUCCAAGAUUGCGUCAUUUACCACGCAUACGCAGUCACAUGCCUGAAAGACACGUGGAACGACCAAGACUGCCACUCGUCGAAUGACUUCAUAUGCCAAGUUGCUCCAGCAUCUUGUCCCGAGGGUCACACAAUGUGGCGUGGAAUCUGCUACAAGGUCUUCAGCACACCCAAGACCUUCAGCUAUGCGGCCGCGGCCUGUCGUGCAGACGGCGGCACCCUCGUCAUGCCCCGAGACGCUAAGACCAACGCCUUCCUUAAUUCACUGUACAAGUCCGUACAGCACGGCAGGGGCUUCUGGAUCGGCCUGUACUAUCGGCCCGAAGAGGGACAGUUUGAGUGGGUGGACGGUUCUGCACUUGGGCUGUACAGCUUCUGGGGUGAGGGACAACCGAACCACCGUGGGGGCAAAAAACGCUGCGUCGUAACCGCCAAACUCAUGCACGAGAGAGACAGGUGGAGUGACAGACCUUGCAGCGAUUGGUAUUGCUUCAUAUGCCAGGCUUCUCCAGGCCGUGCAUAGGCGACAGGCGGGACUCCCACCACUACUGUACAGCGGCUUUCUGUCCACCCGCAGUCAAACUACCUAGUAAAACUUAACCCUACCUAGAC